AUGGAAAGUUCAUUGGUCUUAUCAGGUGCUCCAGUGAAUUUUACUUACCGUGCUUUGCAAAUCAGGACAAUCAACUUUUCGCAGCUUCUCGGAACAGGUGGAUUGGGAAGUGUGUAUAAAGGAAGCUUAGGAGAUGGUACCUCAGUUGCUAGUCUUAUUAUUGUUCAAGAGUCGCCCAUUCCAAAUCCUCCCGUACUAAUUUCCACCUACCCUUGA